AUGAACAAGGAGUGCGACUACUCCGCCGCCUACGUCGUGCUUGAGACGGAUACUGGUCUCCAGGGCCACGGCAUGACCUUCACAAUCGGCCGCGGCAACGACAUCGUUUGCUACGCCGUCAAGGCGGUCGCCGAGCGCCUCGUCGGCCAGAGCGCCGAGGACUUCUUCGCGGACAUGGGCGCGUUCUGGGAGUACCUCGUUUCGGACCCUCAGCACCGAUGGCUGGGUCCCGAGAAGGGCGUUAUUUCGCUCGCGACUGCGGCCGUCUCCAACGCCGUCUGGGACAUGUACGCCAAGGCCCGCGGCAAGCCUCUUUGGAAGCUUAUCUGCGACUUCUCCCCGGAGGAGUUUGUCCGUGCCACCUCGUUCCGCUACAUCACCGACGCCAUCACUCGCGAGGAGGCGCUCGCGCUCCUGAAGGAGAAGGAGGCGGGCAAGAAGGCGCGCGAGGCCGAGGUCAUCGAGAAGGGAUAUCCUGCCUACACGACCUCGGUCGGCUGGCUGGGAUACAGCGACGAGAAGGUCGAGCGGCUCACGAAGGAGGCGCUCGUGCAGGGCUUCUCGCACUUCAAGCUCAAGGUCGGAGCUGAUGUCGAGGACGACCUGAGGCGUGGCCAGCUCAUCCGCUCCAUCAUCGACAACCCCGCCAACAUGACGCGCGAGAUCGACCCCAAGACGACAGAGGGCAAGAACCCCGGCCCGACGGGAUGCGUGCUCAUGGUCGACGCGAACCAGGUCUGGGACGUCGAGCAGGCGAUCGAGUACAUGGAAAAGCUCUCGCCGCUGAAGCCGUGGUUCAUCGAGGAGCCUACCGCUCCCGAUGACGCGGUCGGCCACGCCGCGAUCCGCAAGGGCCUCAAGCCCUUCGGUAUCGGCGUCGCGACGGGCGAGCACGCCCACAACCGCAUGACGUUCAAGCAGCUGCUCAUGCUCGACGCCAUCGACGUUGCCCAGAUCGACUCGUGCCGCAUGAGCGGCAUCAACGAGAUUCUCGCCGUCCUCCUCAUGAGCGCCAAGAAGGGCGUGCCCGUGUGCCCGCAUGCGGGUGGCGUUGGCCUCUGCGAGCUCGUCGUCCACCUCUCCCUCAUCGACUUCAUCUGCGUCAGCGGAACGAUGGACAGGCAGGUCCUCGAGUGGGUCGACCACCUCCACAAGCAGUUCCAGUACCCCGUCUCCAUCAACCAGAACGGACGGUACAACGUUCCCCUCGACCCGAGGGGUGGGUACAGCAUCGAGAUGAAGCCCGAGGCCAUCAAGACCUUCUCGUACCCCAACGGACCGUACUGGGUUGCGGCGGCCAAGGGGGAGGCACCCAUUGUUGACCUCGACUAG